AUGCGUCAGAAACAUGGUCUGAAAGUGUACAUAAGGGACCCACAUGCUUUCACCCCCAUGCUGGAGGAAGGAGUUCAAGGGGCUCCUCCAAGGUCCUUAACCCUGGGCUCUAAUCUGAUGAAGAACCAAGAAGAAAUCGCUAAAUUCUCCCAAAAAGAUGCAAAGGUGUAUAAAGAUUUUAUAAUAUACUUGGAGAAACUGGCAGACUCCAUCCACCCUCUCCUUGAUGCACCUCCUGUUAACAUUCCAGGGCUCACUGCGGGCUCACUAUGGAAGCGGCUUGAUGCUACCAAAACACUGUUGCCUGUGAUCAAAUGUGGCUUAAGGCUGGGUCGAAGCAUUCCAGAUUUUUAUAAUAUUGUCACAGCACCUGCACUCAAGAUACUCAAUCAGUGGUUUGAAUCUGAACCUCUAAAAGCAACAUUAGCCACAGAUGCUGUCAUUGGAGCUAUGACUAGUCCUAGUAAUCCUGGUAGUGGGUAUGUUCUUUUGCACCAUGUCAUGGGAGGCUUGGAAGAUGAGAAAGGUGCCUGGGGUUAUGUUGAAGGAGGAAUGGGUGGCGUGUCAAAAGCUAUUGCCAAUGCAGCUACUUCAUAUGGCGUGGAUAUUUUUACUGAAAAGGAGGUAGAGCAAGUUCUGAUUGAUCCAAACGGAGGAGCUAAAGGUGUUGUGCUAAAAGAUGGCACUGAGAUUUAUAGUAAAAUAGUUUUAUCAAAUGCUACUCCUUAUAUUACAUACAAGAAUCUCACUCCACAGAGUGCUCUCCCUCCUGAGUUUAUCAGAGCGGUGGAUCAGAUAGACUACACUUCACCUGUCACUAAGAUCAAUGUGGCUUUGGACAGGCUACCGAACUUUCUGGCAGCACCCACACCAGAUAACAAACCUGGACCCCACCAUCAGUGCUCCAUUCACCUCAAUUGUGAAAGUGUAGAGGUGUUGGAGACAGCCUACAAAGAGGCCAUGAACGGGCGACCAUCAUCAAGACCAAUGUUAGAGAUGACUAUUCCAUCUGUACUGGAUCAUACUCUGGCUCCCCCUGGCUGCCAUGUAAUAUCAUUGUUCACGCAGUACACUCCAUAUUAUCUUGAGGGCCGGGAAUGGACAAACCAAGAAAAAGAGGCAUUUGCAGACACAGCGUUUGAUUGGAUCGAACAAUAUGCCCCAGGUUUUAAAAGCUCGGUGGUGGGAAGAGACAUCCUCACUCCACCUGAUCUAGACAGGAUCUUUGGAUUGACAGGAGGGAACAUUUUUCAUGGAUCGAUGUCACUUGACCAGCUGUACCUAGCACGACCACUACCAUAUCUGUCAGACUACCGCUCACCUAUUAAAGGGCUUUAUCUAUGUGGCAGUGGUACCCAUCCAGGAGGUGGUGUGAUGGGAUCUGCAGGUUGGAAUGCAGCACUCACCGUCAUGGGCGACUUAAAAAAUGAAUAAUUCUUAUUCUAUGAAUAAUUAAUGUUAACAUCUAAUUACCAUAUGCAAAUAAGUUGUAUCAAAUGCACUCUUUAAACAUAUUACAACAUAGUCCAUGUAAACACACACGUACUGACUCA